AGAGAGAGAGAGAGAGAGAGAGAGAGAAAGAUGAGUUGUGCUGCAGUGGAGGAAAAGAAGAAACCUCAUGCGGUUUGCAUCCCAUACCCAGCCCAAGGCCACAUUAACCCCAUGCUCAAGGUUGCAAAGCUUCUUCACCACAGAGGCUUCCACAUCACUUUCGUCAACACUGAAUUCAAUCACAAACGUCUACUCAACUCAAGAGGCCCUGAUUCUCUCAAGGGCUUACCUGAUUUCCAAUUCCAGACCAUCCCGGACGGUCUUCCACCUUCUGAUAUAGAUACCACCCAAGACGUCCCAACCCUCUGCCAGUCUACCCGCAGAGCUUGCUUAGUUCCCUUCCGCAACCUCCUCUCCAAACUCAACACCACACCUGAUAUCCCCCCGAUCACUUGUGUAGUCUCUGAUGGUAUCAUGACCUUCACUCUGCAAGCUGCUGAGGAAAUUAGAGUCCCUGAAAUAUUAUUUUGGACGACCAGCGCCUGUAGCUUCUUGGCCUUCAUGCACUAUCCCCAUCUCAUGGAAAGAGGCAUCAUACCACUCAAAGAUACGAGCUGCUUGACAAAUGGGUUUCUAAACACGCCCAUUGAUUGGAUUCCAGGAAUGAAAGAUAUCCGUUUCAGAGACCUUCCUAGUUUCGUUCGAACCACAGAUCCAGAAGAUAUAAUGCUCAACUAUGCCAAAGGAGAAGUGGCCAGAGCUCCAAAAGCUGCGGCGAUCAUUGUAAACACCUUUGAUGCCUUGGAGCAUGAUGUCUUGAAUGCACUCUCUGCAAUGUUACCUCGCGUUUACAGCAUUGGUCCUCUCCAGUUACUGGUGAAUCAGAUUGAUGGAGACGAUGGUUUGAAGUCGAUCGGGUCCAAUUUGUGGAGGGAAGAACAGGAGUGUCUCGGUUGGCUCAAUGCCAAAGAACCCGGUUCAGUGGUUUACGUGAACUUUGGGAGUAUCACGGUAAUGACGCCUCAACAACUAUUGGAGUUCGCAUGGGGGCUCGCUAAUAGUGAGCAGACAUUCUUGUGGAUCAUAAGACCCGAUCUGGUAACGGGAGACUCAGCCGUGUUGCCGCCGGAGUUCGUGACUCGGACCAAUAAGAGAGGCCUUCUAGCGAGUUGGUGUCCUCAGGAGGAAGUGCUCAACCACCCCGCCGUGGGUGGUUUCUUGACACAUAGUGGUUGGAACUCCACACUUGAGAACAUAUGCGGUGGAGUGCCACUGUUGUGUUGGCCGUUCUUCGCCGACCAGCAGACGAAUUGCCGGUAUUCGUGCGUUCAUUGGGGGAUUGGGGAUGAGAUCGACAACAACGUGAAGAGGGAAGACGUUGAGAGGCUUGUGAGGGACUUGAUGGUGGGAGAAAGGGGAAAGGAGAUUAAGGCCAAUGCCAUGGAAUGGAAGAAAAAAGCAGAGGAGGCCAUUGCUCCUGGUGGAUCUUCCCAUGUCCAUUUUGAUGACAUGGUGAAUCAGAUGCUUCUCUCCAACCACAUCAAGUUGACAACCUGAUGAAUGAAAUACUCCUUUAAACUUUGCCAAACCCUGUUAAUGUAUAUAAACCAAGGAUUUAGGGAAAAUGUUCCCAAAAUAACCUGCAUAUUAAGGAUUUAGUCGCUAGGCAUAUGUGUCUUACUAGAGUUUCACAAUCGUAUGUUUAAAUUAGGAGAAACUAAGUGUUGGGGAAUUUGACUUUCUUAUUGCA